AUGAGGAGUGAUGGGGUUAAACUGGAAGAGGGGAGAUGUAAACCAGAUGUAGGAACACAAAAUACAUUUUGCCCUGAGGGGGGUGUCUCCAAGCACGGAUUCCUGAUCAAAUCACCACCCCUUCAACUUUUCAGCUCACAGAAUUCCUGGAAAAGGCGUUUUUUCAUCCUGUCCAAAUCCAGCACGGGCAGUUACAUCCUGAAGUAUCUAAAAGGCCAGAACAUGAAAGGCUCCAUAGCUGUUGAUCAAAUCAUAAAUGUGGGAGUUGGCAUAAGCAAUUCUGAAAUUCUGGAAACAGUGAGGAAGAUGUUCAAAUGCCUUCCAGAACAGGUGAUGUCCAUCAGCACUGGAAACAGGUGUUACUACCUCAUUGGGAACAGCAGGCAGGAAACAAAGGACUGGGUCACUGUGAUAUCUUCAGCCUGCAGGGAGGCCAGAAGAGGUGGAUGGUGCCCUCAGAAUCAAGAUCUUCCAAAUCCAGAAGCCAGAAGCAGACCCUCCUCUUUGCCGCUGUUGAGUUCUGUAGAUACAACCAGCUUCACAGAGAGGCAAAGCCACCAGAAGGAGAUUGGUUCCUCAGAAGACAAGAGCAGGCCUAAUUCAGAUCCUGGCCUUCAUCAGGCUCAGUGUGACUCAUCAAGAGAAGUUUUUCCAAGCAUGGAUAAACAUGUGGGAAAGAGUGAGGAAAAUCUGCUGGCAUCAGACACAGAUGAAGACAUCAAAAAGGAUGAAGAGGAUUAUUACCAAACUCCCAGCAGUAUUUUAGCCAAGUGCACUUCUGAAGUGUCAAAGCCUGACCCCACACCUGGGCCUGAUCUCCCUGUGCAAGAAAACCCAGCAAAGGAGGACAUUUAUAUGUCAAUGAAAUCGCUGUAA